AUGCAAAUUGGCCGGAUAUGCAGCGUUCUGAGAGCCACGAGCGUGGCUCUCCUGGCAACCACCGCGUCAGCAACAGCUCUGGCACCACGUGCUGAAGCCGGCCAAGACUGGGCUAGCCUUGAGAUUCUCACCACAGCUGCCGAUGCGCAGGUACAGCCUGUUCUCGAUGGAAAAGAGGCGUACAUCGCUGGGUCGCCCCGUAGUCUUACCCGCGCCGUCCGCCAGCUAGUCACGCCAUUUGUCUGGCCCAACUCUACACACUACCACGAUGAGACCCUCCUGCCUCACAUUGAGGAGAUGCUUGCUGUCCUCACCAAGGUCCAGCACUGUGAUGGCACAUACACAGUUGGCAAUUACCACUCCCCGCCUGACACAGGCUUCCUGAUCGAGGAUUUUGGCAUCAUGGUGCGCAUCCUUGAGGAAGACGACCACGAGGACUCGCAGGCUUUUGCAGACACCAUCCGCGCUAUCCUUCGCAAAGCCGCAACUGGUCUGGCCAAAGGCGGCAUUCACACGCCAAAUCAUCGAUGGAAAGUCUGCGCUGCCUUGGCGCGCAUCAGCCGCAUCACAGAUGACGAGAGCUUGAUCGAGCGUAUUGACGGGUGGCUCGCCGAAGGCAUCGAUAUCGAUGCAGAUGGCAUUUACUCUGAGCGCAGUGGCAUCUACUACGCGGCUGUCUCUAACCCGUCUCUUCUUACUGUGGCGCGCGAGCUCAACCGCACUCAACUAAUUGAGCCUGUGCGCAAGAAUCUCGCCUUGUCCAUUGAGCACGCCGAGCCCAAUUGCGAAAUCGAGACCGUUCUCAGUCGCCGCCAGGAUCAGAACCAGUAUGGGAGCGAUAACAUGCAUGAAUUUUACCCGCAAUUUCGGGAGCUGGCCUUGCUUGAUGGCAAUGGUCGAUUCGCCGCCAUGGCGCGGCUCUUGGAGGCGCGUGUGCCCAAGCAACUAGGAGACUAUCUGGCCAACCUCAUCGAGCAACCUGAGCUGGCAAAAGAACUUCCAGCGCCCGAGAAGCCUUUUGUCGACUUUCAGAAACUCUACCCCACUGCGAGCCUGGUCCGCGUGCGGAACGACAAGCUGACCAUAUCGGCCUUUGGCGGGACAGACUGGUACCACAAGGGGGAGCAGACGGAGUUUUACAACAGAUUCGGUUCCGGUCUGUCGACGAAUCCGUCCCUGUUACGCGCCUGGAAUGGCAAUCUAGUCCUUGAAGGCAUCCGGAUGAGCGCCAACUUCUUCAGCAUGGGCCACUUUAGAUCCAACGGGAUCGAAUUCGACGACGAAACUGGUAUCACCAAGCUAGGCAGUACGAUGGAGGUGCAGUACUACCUACCCAUGCCAACCGACCAGCUCAACAAGAAUGGUACCUACGAUCUAUCGAGGUCGGUCGACGGCCGCUUCUACGCUAGCCUUGACUUUGAGAACCGACCCGCCAGUGUGCGUCGCCUCAAGACGGACGUGACGAUUGUGCCGACAGACGCAGGCUAUGAUCUCGAGUUUGAAGUCACAGGCGAGAAGGACGUGGACAUCACGCUUGAGGUCACCUUUAGGGAGGGUGGCGAGUUCAGUGGUGUCGAGCCAUCUGUGGACGCUGAAGGGAACACUAUCUACCAUCUCAAGGAGGGCGAGGGCCAGUACACUAAUGGCAAAGACACCAUUACCUUUGGACCAGGCAACGGGAAUGGCAUCUUCAAUCCCGAUGCUGGCGAACAGUAUAGCUGGCAUAAUGGCAACCUCGUACUGGAAGGGCACCAUGUCUAUGUCACAGGUACGACGCCGAUGAAAUACACGCUCAACUUGGGGUUCUCCUGA